CGCACACCACGCCGCGAGAGAGAGAGAGAGAGAGAGGGAGGGAGAGGGAGAGAGAGAGGUGAGCUCCUCUCAGUUGCUACCUUUUUUCUUUUGUUUCUCUUCUAAUUUGAGAUGAAUUAUUAGGACCUUUUUGUUGAUCUGGUUUUGUUUUUGUUUUUUUUUUUCUUUUUUCUUGGAAUUGUUUUCAGAAAAUAUGGCGGACAGGGCAGUGACUAUUCGUACAAGGAAGUUCAUGACUAAUCGUCUUCUCUCGAGGAAGCAAUUCAUUAUAGAUGUUUUGCAUCCUGGAAGACCAAAUGUUGCCAAGGCGGAGUUGAAGGACAAAUUGGCUGGAAUGUAUGAGGUUAAGGAUCCAAAUUCCAUAUUUGUGUUCAAGUUCCGCACCCAUUUUGGAGGGGGGAAAUCUACUGGUUUCGGUUUGAUUUAUGAUUCCGUUGAAAAUGCAAAGAAAUAUGAACCAAAGUAUCGGCUCAUCAGGAAUGGAUUGGAUACCAAGGUGGAAAAGUCAAGGAAGCAAAUGAAGGAAAGGAAGAACAGGGCCAAGAAGGUCCGAGGAGUGAAGAAGACCAAGGCUAGUGAUGCUGCAAAGGCUGGGAAGAAGAAAUGAGCUUCUAGGGAUUUUGAACUUGCUUCAGUGCCAAUUACACAACAAGUUGUCUUUUUUGCCAGAGCUCUCUUCAAUAUUAUUUUGUUCUUGUCUUUGAUUAGAUUUGCAGUCCUUUUUUGCUUUAAAUGAGUAAAACAUAUGUAGCUGUUGACUUGAAAAGAAUCCCAUUUUCCGUUAUUUGAGAACUAGACUGAGGAUAUGCGCUCUAAUUAUCUAUUUAAGCCAAAAGAAAACAUGAAUUUGAAC